AUGAUCUUCUCGUGGAAAACGAUCGGCGCCCUGUCUGGCGUCCUGGCCGCUGUGGCCAAGGCUGACUCCGACUUCCCUACCAUCGAGGUUGUGGGAAACAAGUUCUUUUACUCGAACAACGGGUCCCAAUUCUAUAUUCGAGGCGUGGCCUACCAGGCCGACACUGCUCUGACCACCAACACGUCUUUUGUCGAUCCUCUGGCCGACAAGACGACCUGUGAGAGAGACGUUCCCAUUUUGAGGGAGCUGAACACCAACGUCAUCAGAGUGUAUGCUCUGGACGCGGACGAGGACCACACCGACUGCAUGACGCUGUUGCAAGACGCGGGCAUCUACGUGAUUGCGGACCUUGCGCAGCCCAAGCUGUCCAUCUCGACCACGAGCCCGGAGUGGUCUGAGGAGUUGUACGAGAGAUACACCUCGGUGAUCGACGAGAUGCAGCAGUACAACAACGUGCUUGGUUUCUUUGCCGGAAACGAGGUCAUCACCAACUCGUCCAACACGGACGCGGCUCCGUUCGUCAAGGCGGCCGUCAGAGACAUGAAGCAGUACAUGAAGGACAAGGGAUACCGUAGCAUUCCGGUCGGAUACUCGGCGAACGACGACUCCGAGACCAGAGUCGCGUCGGCCAACUAUUUCGCCUGCGGAGACGACGACGAGAGAGCCGACUUCUAUGGUAUCAACAUGUACGAGUGGUGCGGAAACUCGUCGUUCUCGACGUCCGGAUACGAGGACAGAACCAAGGAGUUCUCCAACCUCACGAUUCCGGUCUUCUUUUCCGAGUACGGUUGCAACACCAUCCAGCCAAGAAGAUUCACCGACAUCCCAACCAUCUUCUCCGACGAGAUGACCGACGUGUGGUCUGGAGGCAUUGUGUACAUGUACUUCGAGGAGGACAACAACUAUGGUCUUGUCUCUGCCAUCGACGACACCACCGUCAGCACCAUGACCGACUUCCAGUACUACUCGUCCGAGAUCAACAACGUGUCGCCAACCACAGCCACCGUUGCCUCGGCCAGCAGCACCGCCUCCGAGCUGUCGUGUCCGACCGGGUUCAAGUACUGGAAUGCGUCCGACACCCUGCCACCAACGCCAGAAGAGACCGUGUGCGACUGCAUGGCCAGCUCGCUCAAGUGUGUUGUUUCCGACGACGUCGACAGCGACGACUAUGAGGAGCUGUUCGGCACCGUGUGCGGACUUGUCGACUGCGACGGCAUCACCGCGGACGGAAAGACAGGCAAGUACGGAGCGUACUCGUUCUGCAGCUCCAAGGACAUGCUUUCGUUCGCUCUGAACCUGUACUAUCUGGACCAGGACGAGAACUCGAGCGCCUGCGACUUCGACGGCUCUGCCACCGUGCAGAGCGCCACCACCGCGUCGAGCUGCUCUUCCAUCCUGAGCGCCGCAGGCACCGCCGGAACCGGCACCGUCAGCGGCGUCAGCGGCUCUGGCUCUCGCUCCACCGCGUCCGGCUCCAGCGGCUCGUCGUCCGGCUCGUCGUCCGGCUCGUCGUCCACCUCUUCGAGCUCGUCGUCCAGCAGCGCGGCCGCCAGAUCGUACAGCUCCAACAGCUACUACACCAUCCUGGUCUCCGGUCUGUGUGCUGCUGGUGCUCUGGCUGUUCUGACAAUGUAA